AGCAAAGGAACUAAUUAUAACUAUAUAAUAGUAUAAUAGCAGCCUAUAGUAUUAUAUUAUUAUAUUCUAUUUUAUUCACCUCUUCUAAAAGCACAACCAUCUUCACGCACAUACAAUAAGCGAAUUCAAGUAUGCCAUCAGCGGUACCAAUAUCAGCUGGGCCUGGUAGAGACGACAAUGGAUACCAGCCAUCACCGAGAUCGUUCAGAUCGAUGGGUGGCUUCGGUGGCAGGUCCUUCUCCGCUCAGCAAGGAUUAUCCUUUACAGGCCCAGGUAGUUUUAUAGUUUCACCACGUUUUGGCAGCUAUUCAAGAGCCGCCGCUUUACUAGGUACGAGCUUAGGAAAGAGCCCUAUCGACUUUGAAAUGCACUGUGGCAGUGUAGAAACUGAAAACGGUUUACCCUUUAAAGCAGAAUCUGAAUUCUGCAAGAAUUACAACUGUUGUGGAAUGGAAUUGAAAGACCUUCACGAUCUUAUACAACACUAUGAAGAAGCCCACGUCGUCGUUCUCGAUGACAGCAAAAAGGAAGAUCAUGACGGGUUCGACGACGCCCAAGUAGACGAUAUGGACUUGUCUACUUCUCCAUCGAGUAUGAAUCAGGAUAGCAAGCUCGCUAGAAUGUCCCUUAGUGCUAUGGCUGCCGCAGCAGUAGCUCAUAGUGACAAAAAUAAUGACGCAACAUCCGCAUUCGAAACUUCUAUUUUACACUCAAAUCCAAGAGGUGCACCUACAUCUUUGCACGCUAAGGCACCGCUUGGUAGCUUUGGCCCGCCUUUCUCACCAAAUUUGGAAUCUGAAAUGAGUAGUCAACCAACUUCACAGGAUGACGACGAAAUGUUCGAUGCUGAGCCAUCGAGUAGUAUGUCUUCACAUUCAUCACAAGCGAUUAACGCUAUGCCCUUAUUCCCAUCGACAAGCGGUAAUAAUGGACAAAACAAUGAACAGCCACAAUGUGUCACCCCUGGCUUACUUUUUCCAACGACUGGCGCACAAAGAGGUGCUGCCGAUGCAGCAAUUAAGGCUUACAAUAAUGGCAAUAAUAACAAUAAUAAUAAUUUAACUAAUAAUAAUUCGAACCCUCCCGCCACAUCUACAACACCAUUACAACCAUCUUCGAGCGUUGGAACGCCGAGUGCGUCUGGUAAGGUAACACCAACAUCAUCGACACCUACACCAUCCAUGUCUGGUGUCGCACCUGCUGGUCUAUCAGGUACACCAGUCGAUUCAGGUGAAGGUGGCAAUGACAAACCAUUUAAAUGUCCAAAUCCUGGUUGUUCAAAAGCUUACCGUCAAGCGAAUGGAUUAAAGUAUCAUAGAUUACAUGGUCAAUGUAAUUACGUUGUUAGAGAUGGUAUGGAACAAGACGGUUUAACAUUAGCAGAAGCAGAAGCAGUCGCUAGACCAUAUCUUUGUCAAGUUGGUCAUUGUGAUAAACGUUACAAGAAUAUGAACGGUUUGAGGUAUCAUUAUGCACACUCAGGUGCACACGGUGCAAUCGGAUUAGCGAUGUUGUCGAAUGGUACACAUCCUACACCCCCACCUGCACCAGCACACGUUAGGGAACGUAAAGAUAGAGAACGUAAAGCUGUAGCUGCUGCAGCUGCGGCAGCAGGUUUACCACCACCUCAAUCACCCGAUGGUGAUGAUGAUGAUAAUUUAUUAGGUACACCUCCGGCGUCAACGACGUCACCACUUUCACAACAUGCAACUCCCAUACCACAACCGCGAUCAUCAGCUCCAGCCACACCGACAAUAUCUAACGCAAGUACAGCUUUGUCUACGUUAGCAUCAGGAACUAUGCAGUAUUAAGUAUACAGUAGACUUUAAAGAAACCUAAUUUAACAGUUCACUUUGAUUCUCAAACUAUUAUAGACGAUUUUUUUUACUCAUAAACUCAAGUUUGUUUAUUUCUUUUCCAGAUUUAUAAUUUAAACGGAGCAAUCUGUUGACAUAUUUGAUAACAAUUGUAAUUUUAAACUAAAUUAUUUUCAUUCAAUUCAUUCUCAACUGCUUAUCUAAAAAACACUGAAGAAGAAAAUAUGGUAUUCAUUAGAAUAGAUCGCUUAGAAAAUUUAAAGGAGAGUAAAAGGCAUGUCAUCACUCUAAGAUUUCGUAAUGAAUAUCAGACUUUGGUAUUAUUUCGUAUGGAAAGUCUAGCUGAGGACGGUAACAUCAAUAUAAAAGAAUUUUAUGCAUUGGAAAGUAAUUGUCCUCACGCUGGUGCACCUAUGGAAAAUGCUUCAUUGGAAUUAGUUGAGGAUGAUAUAGAAGAUGUAGUUGAUGUUAUCGCAGUUUGUCCAUAUCACGCAUAUGAUAUUAGUUUAUCAUCCGGCGAAUCAAGUUACGGCGUAAAAGCCUGUACAUUUGAGGUACAAUUACGUGAUAAUGAGUUAUACAUUAAUACAAAUGAUUCUUUUAAUUGGGAAGUCGUCGGCAUACGGCCUGUCUCGGAAGAAUUCGCAACGUCGAAGAAUGAGACACCUCAGAGUGUUGCAAUUGAGAAGAUAUCAGGACCUGAACCGAAAACACUGGCACAUUGGGCAGUACUCAUACUCAAAACUGCGGAUCCAGAGCUCAAAAUUGCAUACACUCGAAGAGCAGGUGAAUUAUUCAAGACAGGUAAAUUGCGUAACAUAGGAAAAGCUAUACCACCUGAAAAGCCACCAAGGAGUCAUUUAAGGGAGGUUGAUCCUUCACGUGCAGGUAAGAGAGGUAAAGCAGGUUCCUUACAAUCACGUAUUGCUUUGCUUCAUUCCUUGGCAAAUAUUGAAUUAUGGGCUGUUGAUUUAGCGUGGGACAUUAUUGCACGCUUUAGCGCAUCAUCUCCAGAACCAAAUAGUAACCGUAUGCCGAUGGAUUACUUCUCAGAUUGGCUUCAAGUUGCCCUAGAUGAGGCAAAACAUUUUAGUCUCUUAAGACGUAGGCUAGAGGUAUGUAUAAUUGGUUUUCGCAGUUUACGUUUAAAUUUCCGUAGGAUAUGGGUAGUUACUUUGGUGCUCUUCCUGUUCACGGUGCGCUUUGGGAUAGUGCUGAAGAUACCAAACAUAGUCUUAUUAGUAGAUUGUCCAUCAUUCAUCUAGUACAUGAAGCUAGAGGUUUAGAUGUUAACCCAGCUACUAUUGAGAAAUUCCGUGCAAGUGGUGAUUUAGAAUCUACUGAGGUAUUAGAGACGAUACAUCAUGAUGAAAUUACUCAUGUCACUGCUGGCCAUAAGUGGAUGCUCUAUUGUUGCAAACAUUCAAAUUUGGAUCCAAUUGAAACUUUUAGGAAGGAAGUUAAGUUGAAUUUUAGUGGUAAAUUACGUGGACCAUUUAAUAUCAAGGAUCGUCAAAAAGCAGGUCUCAAUGAAGGAUGGUACAAUGAUCUUCAAGGUGAAAAGUCAAGCACCUAUAAACCAACUAUGAUAAAAUCUGUUAAAGAGCAAGCAUUACAAGAUGCUAUCAACAAUGAAAACGAGGAAUCGAUUGCAGACAGCCUACAAAAGACUCAACUAUAAUUUUCAAUAUAUAUAUAUAUAUAUAGAUUGUACAACUAACAUCCUUUUGAUAGAUUAAUAGACCGAUUAAUGAGUGUUAUUGUAAAAUAUGCCAUUGCUGUCUUUUAUGUACUUUUUUUUUAUAUUGGAUUUGGUAAUUUACGUAAACAUUGACCAUUAGAAUUAUUUGAAACUAUGGUAUCAACAUCAUCCUGACUAGUACUUUCGUCUUGACUAUCAAUUGCUGUCCAUUUAUCAGGACAUGGUAAAAAGUACUUAUCAAUAGCUUGUAAAAAUCUCUUCUGAUAUUCAAUUGGUGGUAAAACAGUUACUUUAGAAUAUCUAGUUGAUUGAGUUGGAUUGAAAAUUGCUUGUUUUGAAUGUUUACCUGCACUUUCUAUAUACUUUGCUAUAGUGAACGCUCCGAUAGCAUCAAUUAUACCAAUCACUAAUUCACGUCUUCUUAAAUCAACCCCAACCAAUAACGAAUAAUCCAUUAUAUUCUGAUCCAUGAGAAAUUGUGUGUCUGAUUUUAAAGCUUCUUCAAUUAUAUGCUUUGCAUGUGAAUGGAUAAGGUGCAAAUUGAUAUUAUCAGAUGUUUCCCAAUCUGCAUCGCCUAACGUACCACCAGAUUUGCAUCUACGACCUUCAAUUCCUUUUAAGUCAAAUACAGUUGAUAUUGAAUGAUUAUGGAAUAGAUUCUCCAUUACUAAUAGAUCCAUUCUAAUAGCAGUAUUGGACUUAGAUUCUGAUGGUGGUGAUAUUCUAAUACUAUAAAACCCAAGAAUUUUGCAAAGUAACGUAGGUUUAUUAGAUUGAACAUGCUUAAAAUAAGCUGGUGCCCAUUCAAGUAAAGCAUGUUUGUCAUCAACUGUCCAACUGGUUGUCAAUUGCUUAAUAACAAAUCUCUCGUCAAUUGUUUUGCUGAAAUUGGCUUUAGUUUUACCUCCUUCUGCUCUCCAAUUUAAACUUCUUGAAAGAGAUUUCACCAAUUGAGAACUGACACCACAUUUACGCCUAAGCGCAUCAAACUCUUCUGCAAAGUAGAUUGUUAUCCCAAAUUUGGUUUUAUCUCCGAAUUCGUAUUUAAUAUGAGGUGAUUCUUUGACCUCCUUUACAUCACUAGUAGUAUUACUAGCAGAUUCUUCCAUUCUAGCGCUACUACUACGUCCUCUUUUGUCAUCAUUCAAAAGAGAUGCAAGUGAUGGUUGAGCGUGCAGCUGAUCAUCAGGUAUAGCACCUUCUCUAUUACGUCCAAGAGCAAAUAUAGAGCUGAAGCUACUUGAUGCACGACUAGUCAAUGAAGGCCUAAGAGUUGGCGUUGUUGAAACUUGUGAAUCACCAGAUUUAGCAUUUUCGUCGGCGAUUAUCUCCUCAUCGAUGUAACUACCGGUGGAACUUGGAGGUGGUGGUACAAACUGCGAUACAUUGUUCGUGUUGUUACUAUCUUGAUUAAUCAUUUCAGGUGAUUCACUAAUCGCGUCAUUAUCCCUUAGACUAGCUAAAUCUUCUUGUGGUUCUUCCUCUUCUUUCAAGGUUUCAAUAGUCUUAUUCGUUGCGUCUCUUUUUCUUGAUAAUUCAAACUCGUUUAGAGCAUUCUCAGGUUCUGACGUCCAUGAUUUACCAUAAAUAUCAUUAGUACUACUCGUAGCUGAUUCAUUAUCGCUAUUUUGUGAUAGUUCUGAUACACGUCUUGGAAUAGGCUGUGCAGGUAUACCAGAUGAUAAACCGCUUGGUGACCUUUGCCUUGAAUUUUGUUGCGUAUUGCUCACUGAACUUGCAUCACUAGAUGCUGACAACGAUCUCUUAUGAGAAUUCUUACUUGGGGUUAAUUCUGAUGAUUGCUCAUUAGAUCCCGGUUGCUCUGGUUGUUCUGCAGACAUUAAAUUCUCUAGAAUGACAUCACCAUCGUUACUCUCAUUAUUAUUUCUGAACGAGGCUCUCUGAUUAGAGUUCGAGGAAGCAUUACUAUUCUGACGUUCAGUCUGUGAGCUACCGACACUUGGAGGCCCAAUCGAAAAUGAAGGAUUCUGCGGCAUAUUACUGGUGGCGGUUGAGCUAUCACUCAUCAUUGAAGUUGGUCUGGAUGAUGGCGAUCGUAAUCUGAGCAUACCUAGACUAUCAAUGGAACGCUUAGAAGAUAACAUCCUUAAAUUGAGUAAGCCACCGGGAUUAUCUGAAGUACCUUCCUUUCUAGUUACUGAGUAUGACCAUGGGUCUUGUGAAUUACUUGUGAAUGCUGCCGGGUCUUCACUGUCAGGUUCCCAGUUACAAUGUAUUACAUCUUGAGCUGAUGAUUGUUGCUCCUUUUCCUUUUUUUCACUUUCCUUAUCUUUCUCCCUCGACUUUUCCUUCGAAUUUGGAGAUAUUUGCUGUUUCUCGAGUGUGGAGCUGUUGUCUAUUUCGCCAUUUUCUUCUGCAAUACGCGUUUUCUUCAUAUUUUGUAGUUCGUCGAGAUAGACAUCCGAGGACAAAGCAUAUGCAAUAAUAGAGGAGGGCUCAUCUUCUCUAACCAGAAUACUACUACCAGGGAAGGCAUGCACGCGUGGAUUGUUGAGAUAGUCAUUACUGCUUUUUUCCUUUUUAGCGUUGUCCUCGCUAUUAUCCUUUUCCUUUUGAUUAUGGUUCAUAUUAUUAUUAUCUUCAACAUUGCUGCUAUCUUCAGAGGGUAUUAUUGCUGGAUCUUUGCCCUUAUCUUUAUCCUUAUCCUUCUCUUUUUCUUUCUCCUUCUCUUUUUUACGUAGGUCAUUCUUAUUAUAGUAGCUAUCGGGAAUGAACUUAUUUCUGAAGGCGUCGAGGCGGGCUCUACAUGCUCUACUAGUUUCUUUUAAUUUUCUUCUUACAUUAUUGGCAUGCUCAGGAGGAACUUCUUUCAGUUGCCUUAAAAGAUCCAGUUCUUGUUGAUCAAAUAACCUUUUGAUUCUGUUUGCAGUUGCAGCCGCAGGCGUCAAAUGAUGUUUUAGUACAGCCGAUGAUGACACAGCCGAUAUAGUUGCAGGUUGAAAAUGAGAAGCGUUGACAUUGUAAUGGCUAUUGGAAGCUUGAGAAAUCGCCAGAAGAGUAGCAGCUGCUUGUGACAUUGACUUUGAUGAACCACUGUUACUACGAUUAAGCUGAACAGAUUCAGUAUCAGUGUUGGCUUUAUUUUUUUUCUUCGUUGAGGAUAUAUGAUUGUAAUAAUCCCUUAGCAAAUCAUUAAGAUGACCUCUCGCUUCGGUCGUAAAGUAUAUUGCAAUAUCUUUCCUGGUAGAACGAAAGACUGAAUCAGCCGAAUCUCUAUCUAGUUUAAAACGCUCGACAUUAGUAGGAUAUUGAAGUUCAUCCGAAGAGCUACUUUGUGAUUCUUUAAUUUGUAUUUUAGGUCCCUUGAUGUCAAAUGGAUUGAUUGGAUGGAGAGUCAUCUUGAUCAGUUUAGCUUUACUGGACAGAUCAAACCAUCUGACAAAGUUGGUUUUCGAGGGAAUAUUACUAUCGAGACACCUUCUAGAAUGAUCGCAUAAUGUUGAAGGUAAGAAGCUAUUUGAGUAGUACAACAACUCUAAGUACUUCCCAAAAGAAUAAAGUUGUGCACCUUCAGAUAAGGUAUUG